CGUGGCUCCAACAGCAUCUAUCAUAUUAAAAGUCAGAGAGGACAAUCCAGCAAGUUUAGUUCAAACUUUUCCCUGAAAAAGAAUGAGAUGAACGCCCCCCUACACUACCGGAGGUAGCUCAGCUUUUAUUGGUGGGGAGAUCCAAUUUAUUUAAUAUUACAUUUGAAUCUCAAACUUCAGGAUAUCCAUACUUCUUUUUUUUCCAAAAUAGUUUUAUCAAUGACAAGGGUUGCCAUAGUAACAGGAGCUAAUGCUGGAGUUGGCUAUGGGAUUAUUCAACACUUAUUACAAACCGAAAAGGAUACCACGAUAGUGAUGGCUUGUCGAAAUCUAACUAAAGCCCAAGUAGCUAAAACACAGUUAUUACAACAGUUCGUUAACGCCACAAUAGAGAUUGAGUUGAUAGAUGUUGGUAGCGUUACAUCCGUACUAAAUUUUUGUGAAAGAAUAAAACGGAGGUACGAUAAGAUCAACUACUUGUUUUGUAAUGCUGGUAUCCUAAGCACUUCAGGGGUCGACUGGAUACAAUCUCUGAAAAUGUUCUUUACAGAUCCAGUUGGAUUGAUGGAAAGAUCGGAUGCUGCUAUUCAAGUGGUGGGUGAAAUUAAUUCAGACGGUAUGGGCAAGGUAUUUGCUGCUAAUGUCUUUGGACAUUAUAUCAUGAUGCGUGAUUUGGAAUCACUAUUGGCAAAUUCUAAGGAUGGACGUGUCAUUUGGACUAGUUCUAUUACAGCAAACGAUACUUGUUUUGAUAUUAAUGAUUGGCAAGGAUUAAAAAGUACGAUUCCUUAUGAAUCAUCAAAAUGGGCAUGCGAUCUAUUAUCAGUGGCAUGUCAUAAUCGAUUUCAAAAGGAAAAUUUACCAAUUUCUUCAUUUACCACAUCUCCUGGUGUAGUAGCCAGUAAUAUUGGUGAAUUACCUAUUUGGAUUACAGAACUAAGAAAACUUUUACAUUAUUUGAUGCGGUUCAUGGGUGUUACCUCUCAAAAUAUAUCUGGUUAUCGAGGAGCGCUAGCUGAUGCUUUUGUUGCCCUCUCACCUGUCUCAUCCUUGAAUGAAAUGGUACGAUAUCUUGCAUCUACUGAUAGAUGGGGUCAGUCUUAUGUAGAUGAACAACCUCUGUUGAUGGAUAUGGCUACAGCUGAACAAUUAUAUAAAAAAUGUGAAGUCCUCUAUCAAGCAUAUAAAACAAAAUAAUUUUUUAACUAAUUUUCACACCCUAAUUAUAAUACAUCACUUUUAAUAAAAAUCACCUGUCCUAUGUACCUGAUUUUCUGUCUAUUUAUUGUAAGGAUUUUCACUAAAUAUGAGUCCUUUUUGCGCGAGGCACUUUUGGAAAGUAAAAAAAAA